UCUACAGGUGAAAGAAUGUGUCUUACAGGGAAGCAUUUUACCAGCUGUCAUUGAGGAUUUUUUAUCCCGGUGUGAAGGACUCAUAGGAUUUAGGCGGACAUCACUACGCUAUGAUGAAUACGUAUACACCUUUCCAAAUGGUGUAUCAAUAAACAAGCUGUCGGUGCCUUUCCGAGCCCGGCACCAUAAUCCCGAGUCCAAGUUACAGCAAUGGGAUUUACGUUACGUGGGUCCUACCGAGAUUAAGAUCCCAAUACGAAGUGUCAUCAAUCUAGAACGGUCGGCUGACGACCCUCGGGCCUGGUUGACAGAUACUGGCCACGUGUUUGACUACUGCUAUAGUGUGACAGGAUAUUGCUUUUACUUGAAAGGGGUCUCUCUGUCGAUAUAUCGGGCAUACAAGAUGUCGGCUUCUAGUAGGCCAAGCUUGACACCUAACAACCUCCUCAACGAAUCAUUCUUCGUGGAAUUGACGUCGCAGUGUACACCCGCUACGAGUCAAGAGACAUUGGCAAAUCUAUCUGCUUUCGCCGAGAAACUGGCUCCAACUGUUUACCUGGAGCCCGUGGCGUACAAUCAACUACAAAAACCAACAACACAGACCUCAGCAACAAGGACGAAAUCAACCACUAAACUUUAGACUAUAUAAAUACUGCUGGGUGCCUACAAUAAGUUUUUAUGAUUGCUCUUAUAAGGGACAAAUUCAGGCAUAUACCGUUCGUAACAUGAAGCGCACACUUGUGGAUGAUGCUCUGUGAGAUUGUAAGGAGACAGUGAGUCGAUAGAGUGAACAGACACCCCAAAAAUACUGAGCUAAAAUAAAACAACGGUGUUGUAUUUUAUAUAAAUAUUUUUAACAAAAUAAAUUGCCUUUUCAGAAGGAG